ACCAUCAUGGCGAUACCACGGCACAUUCAUCGGACCUCCGCAUACUCUCUGAUAUUCAGUACCCACUCCGAUAAGCACUUGUGAUCACGACAACUCCUUCAUAAGACCGUCUUCCAGGUAUCUGCAGUGAUAUCUUGAUGAUUCAAGAUGCCUCACGCCAUCGCCGACGUUGUUGACGUCUCGCCCAACCUUCACAUACGUUCCAAACUGAAACCAAAGUCGCAGAGUCACGAGGCGAGAUCCCUAUCAAUUCAGCUAGAUCGAUACCAAUUACACUACGAAGACUCGCAACUAGCGCAAACCAUCCACCGGCAGCUGUCAGCGAUGUUGAAGAACGCCCAGAGACCAAUCACAAAGGUUUUAUCGCUUGGUCUAGGUAGUCUUCUGGUUGCUAAGGGACAGUCAAGGAGGUUGAAGCAACUCGUCAUCUUGUUAGCAAUCCGAGACAUCCUGCGGCAGAAACUGGACAUAUCGAUACAAGUGUACGCCCAAGACCCAACAUUCACGAGGAAAGAUGAGUCGUUCUUGGAAAACUUGGGUAUCCGAAUCCUUCGAACGCCUUCCGGUUCGGAGCUUGGCGAGGCCUCGAUUGUUCUCGAUACUUCAACAUUGGUAUAUUCACCAUUCCUAACUCUGGAAGCAUAUGGACAGCUAUUGGGAGACGAAAGGUCGGUGCAAUAUCUAUUUGGAGAUGACUUCGAUGCGUUGUUAUAUAAAUGGCCAAAACAGAGUGCUGAGCGGAUGGAGGUAGAAGAGAUAGUGAAGAAUGGCUUGGGAUCAUAUCGGAGAAGACCAGUUAUUGAUGAAGAUUUUUGGACAACGGAAGACAGCACGUUUCCCAUGGCCAUAUAUGAGAGAUCAAGGAAGAGCAGGAAGAGAAUGCAGAACGCAAAUUUAUGAAGAAAGACUAUUCGUUAAGACACAUGUCAUUUGGCCUCAUUACAAACUCUUGCCAAACUGGGGAUCUCAUUCCCUCCUCUGUAAAUCGGGCUGACGCUGCGUCUCCUGUGAUAUAUAUGGCGAGUAUUUCGUAAAAUGCUACAAUGUUCUUUUUUGGCGGAUCGACUUGAGAGGUCAAGCAGAUCUAGAGAGGGGGAGGUAUAAGCUCGAGGCACAAGCGUAGUUGGUUUGCCAAAGAGCAUCACAUCAUCGUAGGUCUGAUGACACGUAAGUCGAUCCAGCCUGAAAUCUGUUCGAGUCGAAGCGG